CAGAACAGAGGAUGGUGGGUGAGCAGAGCAGCAGGACUGGGUGUUAGGGUCUCAGGGUGUCAGGGUGUCAGGGUGCUGCAAGGCCAAGGUCAGGAGAGUCACACACUGUGAAUCAAAUGCCGACUCCUGCAGGUGUAAACAUGUUCGAUAACUCUCACUACCCCUUCAACUGUUUUAACUACGAUGGAGACGGAUACCCUUCAUCCAGCACGGACGAGGAGAAGAAGAUGUGCAGACCUGCUUACAGCUACAUAGCUCUGAUAGCCAUGGCGAUCCAGCAGAGCCCUGAUCAGCGGGUCACUCUGUCAGGAAUCUACGAGUUCAUCAUGAAGAGAUUUCCUUAUUAUCGCUCCAACCAGAGAGCCUGGCAGAACUCGAUCCGACACAACCUGUCUCUCAACAGCUGCUUCAUCAAGGUUCCUCGGACAGAGGGCAAUGAGAAGGGAAAAGGAAACUUCUGGACUUUUGCCACCGGCUGUGAAUCUAUGCUCGACCUCUUCGAAAAUGGAAACUUCAGGCGUCGCAGGCGCAGGAGGAACAUGAAGAUUGGUUUCCGAGAUUCAGGAGAAACACAUUUCCACCCUUUGGAGAGUCGAACCAAUCAGCACGCACCCACCGCUCGAGGCCCCGAAUCCGACUCCUCUCUCUGCCCUUUGACCCCUGACAGGCCCAGGCCGGGCCCAAAGCAGAACCAGCUUAACCUGAACCCUACCCAGCCCGGGAAACCCGAGUCUGAGAUCAAGUUUAGCAUUGACUACAUCCUGUCCACUCCGGAUCCACCACUGACAGGGUUCAGAUCCUCACACAGCACCGUUCACAUGGCAACUACAGGACCACCAGUACACGUUCUGGAGCCCCAGCACCUGAACCUGCACUUCUGGACUCUGUGAGAGGAGAAGAAGACAGAGAUGAGACUUAUUAUCCUUAAUGGUCUGUGUCAAAACCUGGGAGGGACUGUGAGGAAGUCCAGAGAUUGGAGGAAUUUAACUGACUUGAAAAUAUAAACAAAGAACAAAGUGUACAGGUACAGUAUGUGUGACUGACUUUACAUAAAACACCCGAAUGUGAACCAUACAGAACAAGACAGUAAGAAAAAAAAUCUCCGUAAUUCCAUUACACUGUUUGUGCAGAGUUCAGUGCUGACAUAGACUAGAUUAACAGUGCUCUCUACAUGUUCUGUAUAUUCAGAGUAAAAGUAAAAUGUGUUUGAAAGUUCUUUAAAAGUCUGACAUA